UGUCCAGAACGUUGACAUUCAAAGUAACAUAAUAUUCAAAGUAAACUGGUGGGUUCUCAUCUGAUCCUUUUCUCCUCACGACCUUUCUUGCUUAAUGGGUUGAUGAUGAUCAUCUGCUGAAAAUGGCAUAGCACAAGAAACCGAAAACAAUAAUUCGAAAACGAAAAGCAUGAUGAAGUUCAUCUUACGCUCUAUCUUACUUCUCUUCGUGUCACGAGCAUGCCUCAUUUUUGUAGCGUCAACAGCUCUGCCAGUCGACAUGAUAUUGCAAACUCAGUCCAUCAGAGAUGGGGAGACGAUCGUCUCGAGUGGAGGCAACUUCGAGCUCGGGUUCUUCAGCCCCGCGAGUAAUUCUCCCAAACGGUAUCUUGGAAUAUGGUACAAGGAGAUUUCUAACGGUACUGUGGUCUGGGUUGCCAAUAGGGAUUCCCCGUUGUUUGAUUCUUCUGGAGUGGUGAAGAUCGUCGAUCAGAGGACCCUCGUAGUUUUAAAUGGGGAUGAUCAAGCUGUCUGGUCCUCCAACUCGUCAGGACCUGGAUUGGGCAACCUGAUUGCGCAGCUGUUGGACUCAGGCAAUCUUGUACUGAGACAGAAAAAUGACUCUGACCCGGAGAACUACCUGUGGCAGAGCUUUGAUUAUCCUGGUGACACAUUCUUGCCCGGUAUGAAGUACGGGAUUGAUCUUGUUACGGGGAUGAAUCGGUACUUGACCUCUUGGAAGAGCCCCAACGAUCCAUCCACUGGUGAAUACACAAACAGGAUGGAUUCCAAUGGAGUCCCGCAGCUCUACAUGAGGAAGGAUUCAGAGAUUCAGUUUCGGUCUGGGCCGUGGAAUGGACUGCGGUUCAGCGGGAUGCCAAACCUGAAACCAAACCCAAUAUAUGAAUUCCAGUUCGUAUUCACAGACCAGGAAGUGUAUUACACUUACAACCUCACUGAUAGCUCGGUCGUCUCACGAAUGGUUUUGAAUACUAAUGGCGAGCUGCAGCGCUUCACCUGGAUCAGCCACACGCAAGGAUGGAAUCUCUACUUGACGGCUCAGACGGACAACUGCGACCGUUACAACUUGUGCGGGCCACACGGGAUCUGCGACAUCAACAAUUCCCCGGCCUGUGGAUGCCUGAAGGGGUUUGUCCCCAAGUUCGUGCAGUACUGGGCGAUAUCUGAUUGGUCAGGAGGGUGCACGAGGAAGAAGCCUCUUGAUUGUAGGGAAGGGGAAGGGUUCCUGAAGUAUUCUGGGAUUAAGGUGCCUGAUACGCAGAAUUCAUGGUACAACAAGACGAUGAAUCUGAAGGAGUGUUCCAAGGUAUGCCUGAAGAACUGUUCUUGCACGGCUUAUGCGAACAUGGACAUUAGGAAUGGAAGUAGUGGCUGUGUGCUUUGGUUCGGGGACCUGAUCGAUAUAAGGUAUUACAGUGAGAACGGGCAGGAUGUUUACAUUAGAUUGGCGGCAUCAGAAUUAGAGGCAUACAGGAGCUCAAAAGGGAAGAAACGGAUGAAGCUGAUCGUUAUCCCGGUGAUGUGUGCUGGAGUCCUUGCGCUUUGCUUCAUAUUCUUCAUCCUUAAAAUGAGGAGUAAGCAGCCUAUGAAAGAAGCAAUAACCCCACAGAAUCCAGAAGAAGAUGACACAGAUGGGAGCGAGAAGACAGAUUUGGAGCUACCGUUAUUUGAUGUUGGGACCAUAAUGGCUGCGACCAACAAUUUCUCAUCGGAAAGUAAGCUUGGGCAGGGCGGUUUUGGACCUGUUUACAAGGGCAUAUUGACUGAUGGACAAGAAAUAGCGGUGAAGAGGCUCUCGAAGCGUUCCCGACAAGGGCUCGGCGAGUUCAAGAAUGAAGUUUUAUGUAUAUCGAAACUCCAGCACCGCAAUCUUGUGAAACUACUGGGAUGUUGCAUACAUGAAGCGGAAAGGAUGCUCAUCUAUGAAUAUAUGCCAAACAAGAGCUUGGACUUCUUCAUAUUCGAUCAAAGGCGAAGAGCGACACUCGAAUGGCCAAAACGUUUCUGGAUCAUCAACGGGAUUGCUCGCGGGCUACUGUAUCUUCAUCAGGACUCGAGAUUGAGGAUCAUACAUAGAGAUCUGAAGGCUAGCAAUAUUCUCCUGGACCGGGACAUGAACCCCAAGAUAUCAGACUUUGGGAUGGCUCGGAGCUUCAGAGGAGACGAAAGUACUGAAGGGAACACGAAUAGAGUUGUCGGAACAUAUGGUUACAUGUCUCCAGAAUACGCGAUUGAUGGCCUCUUCUCAGUGAAGUCAGAUGUUUUUAGCUUCGGGGUGCUGGUCCUAGAGAUAGUGAGUGGAAAAAGAAAUCGAAAAUUCAGUCACCCGGAUCACAAAAUGAACCUACUAGGCCAUGCGUGGAGGCUCUCUAUGGACAUGAAGUUACAUGAGUUGAUCGACGAAUCAAUAAGGGAAUCGUGCAAUGAGGCGGAGAUGCUACGAUCUGUUCACGUCGCGCUAUUGUGUGUUCAACAGAGCCCGGACGAUAGGCCGAACAUGUCGAAAGUUGUACUUAUGUUGAGUAGUGACAUCUCUCUGCCACAGCCUAAAGAGCCGGGAUUCUUCAACGAAAGGGACCUCUUGGACAUGGAAUAUUCUACCUCUAAAAACAACAUCUCGAUCAGCACUAAUGGUAUAACUGUCACUGCACUCGAGGGCCGAUGAACAGGUCUCCCAUUGCGUGGUUUUUCCAUAUUAUGCGUGGUCUCCAAAUUCUUGUUCUCACACAGAAUGCAAUACACAGAAGGGAGUGAGAUAUAAAUUUGUUCUUUGCUGCAUUGCAAGGUUUUACAUUGUAAUUACAUUUUAUUUCGUUUUCCUUGCUGCAGUUUUUCUUUCCCUUCUGACUGCUUUUCCAAAUUGAGUCACUAAUGAUCAUGAAACGCAUCGAUCCUAACUGCCCCCCAUGAAACCCGAGUUAUUCUCUCCGCCGCUAUGAUCCUUUUUCUUUUUUCUUUUUUCUGUAUCGUGUGUUUCCUGGAAUUUUAGUCGAAUAACUAUCGUUAUUUUCCAUAUAGGA